AUGGAGUAUGUCACCCGUGGGGUCUGCGGACAGGAAGGGUGCCGCGAGACGCGCUAUUACCUGGACAAUGGGCUCUGGUUCUGUAGGCGAGGGCACCAGCAGGAGGGUCGUCAAAUCGAAGAAGAUGCAGAAGAUUUCGGCCAGAUUGGGAGAACGAAUCGGGUGAAAAAGGCCGCUGCGGAGAAAAUCCAGAAGACUUAUCGUGGCCGACAGGCAUACCGCCUCUUCAUUCAGGCCUAUCAACUCAUUCUUUGGAAGCAGUGCCAUGCCCUGGUUCAUAAGCAGGGGUUCCCUGCGGAUAUAGAGACCGUAGUGAGAGACCUCUGGGCAUUGCGACUCCGAGCUCUCUCAGACAAAUUCGACGAUUCUGUCGAGGACGAUGAAUCCACACAGCUGUUCAGUUCCCAACCGGCUGACACUGCCGAAGCGGACACUGGACAGCCCUUCCAUACAAGAAAGGCAUCUGAUACUCCCAGAUUAGUGGAGACAUUGGCGCUCUGCUAUCUGGGUGCUUUGCUGUUGCGUUUGCCAGUCAGUGUCGGCGAUAUACAUCGAUUUGCUAUGAGGGAAGAGAUUCCUUUCAUCAGGGCUGUCAAAUCAGUUCCCCGUGAGAUGAGGGACAGGCUUCCCCAGGGAUACUUGGCAGGCCUAGACACUCCAACCCUUUUGAAUAGCGAACGCCUACACAGGGUUGUCGGCGAGAUGAUCAUUGUGUACAACCGCGAUUUCGGAGUUUCUUUCCCUCCAUUAAACGCGCCGCUUAUGCUGUUUGAAUAUAUCAGACAACUGGCGCUGCCCUUGGAGAUAUACGUCGCUGUAAACCGGCUGCAGAGAAUGGUUGGGUUUACAUACAGCUUCCCGCUAUCGGACAGAAGAAGUUUGAGAUAUCUGGCGUUGCCGGAAGCCCAGCUAGUUUCUCUAAUUGUCGUUGCUACGAAACUGCUUUUCCCCUUUGACGAGCUGAAAAGGUAUCCGACGUCAGCGUCGGAGCCAGCAGCUCAAGUUCUAGAUUGGAAACUGUGGGCACAUACGCAGAAACUGUUUGAUAACAAAGAGUUUGCUGGGGGAAGACUUCCCAGAGGAAAGGAAAUCCUGGUCGACGAGAAAGAUGUCUUCAAGAUGACUACCCAGCAGUUGGAUGACUACCUGGACUGGUACGAGAAUAGCUGGCUUGACAGCAGAGUGUCCAAUCCACUCGCAGAUAUGUUUCCCACUGGCCGGACAGGAGUCGAAGGUCCCGCAGAGCCUGCGGUGAAAAUUGACGAAGAAGACAUUGAUGCCAAGCUCAGAACCGUAAUCAGCCAACUCCGACCUGCAAAAGUAGUUUCCCCGGAAGACGCCACCAACGGUGAUGGCGAACAGGAUGACGACAGUAUACCUCGUCCCGGAUCUUCCUACCGGUUUUACCGGACUGAAUCCAGCCUGCCGGAGACCGCGCGGGUGUUCUAUGAAACUGCCGCCCGAUUGUCCGGGCUGUCUCUGGACUCGCUCAUCAGGGCUGUCUUUCAAACAGAGCUCAAGGUCCAGCAAUGGCAGGAAGAUCAGCGCAGAGCGGAGUAUCAUGGAGAGCAUGUGAUGCGAGAUGCCACGCGAGGUACUGAGGCCAGUGCAGAUGACAUGGAGGCAGAGCAGGCUAACGAUUUAUGGGAGUGGUACAUCCAACUUACGAGUCGAUUAAGUAGUUCGUUAUCUCAAAGUGUCAAAAGGGAGACAAAAGAGGACCAGAACACCAUGCUGAUGGUUGCGACAUAUACCAUCGCCAACACUAUUACUACACUCUGGAUACGCAUCUCGAAUUUGAAAUUGAUUCAAAUCCAGGUGGCAUUGAGGGAUGAUGACGAAAAACUGACGGGUUCUGUUCACAGCUUCGUCAAGACCCUCACGGGUAAGACCAUUACCCUCGACGUCGAGUCGAGCGACACCAUCGACAACGUCAAGGCCAAGAUCCAGGACAAGGAGGGCAUUCCCCCGGACCAGCAGCGUCUGAUCUUCGCUGGCAAGCAGCUCGAGGAUGGCCGCACUCUGUCUGACUACAACAUUCAGAAGGAGUCCACCCUCCACCUCGUCCUGCGUCUCCGUGGUGGUAUCAUUGAGCCCUCCCUGAAGGCUCUCGCCUCCAAGUACAACUGCGAGAAGUCCAUCUGCCGCAAGUGCUACGCCCGUCUCCCCCCGCGUGCCACCAACUGCCGCAAGCGCAAGUGCGGCCACAGCAACCAGCUGCGCCCGAAGAAGAAGCUCAAGUAA